AUGACACCUCAGAUCAAUGUCGAUGUAUUGGUUAUUGGUGCUGGUCCCACGGGACUUGGUGCUGCCAAACGUCUUCAUCAGAUCAACGGGCCCUCGUGGCUAAUCGUGGACUCAAACGAAAAACCCGGCGGUCUUGCCUCCACCGACGUUACCCCCGAGGGAUUCUUGUAUGAUGUCGGCGGACAUGUCAUCUUCUCUCAUUACAAGUACUUUGACGACUGCCUAGACGAGGCUCUUCCGAAUAAGGAAGACUGGUACCACCAUCAACGCAUAUCUUAUGUGAGGUACAAGGGACUCUGGGUACCUUACCCGUUCCAAAAUAACAUCUCCAUGCUUCCCAAGGAAGAUCAAGUCCACUGUAUAGAUGCUCUUAUCGAUGCCGCAAUGGAAUGCCGGACAGCUACUACGAAACCCGCCAACUUUGACGAGUGGAUCUUGCGUAUGACGGGGAAGGGGAUCGCUGAUAUUUUUAUGCGCCCGUACAAUUGGAAGGUGUGGGCGGUGCCCACAACUAUGAUGCAAUGUGACUGGCUGGGCGAGCGUGUAGCUGCCCCGGAUGUCAAGUCUGUCGUCAGGAACGUUCUUCUGGGCAAAGUCGCAGGGGGCUGGGGACCGAACGCGACAUUCCGGUUCCCCGCUCGGAGCGGCACGGGUGGCAUCUGGAAUGCCGUUGCUGCAACCCUUCCAGAUGAGAUGAAACUCUUUGGGGAGGGAAGUACGGUAGUCAAGGUGGAUGCCGGAUUAAAGUUGGUGACUCUCAAAGAUGGGACGACAAUACAGUACAAGAGAUUGAUAUCAACGAUGGCAGUCGAUAACCUCGCCGGGGUAAUGGAGGACGGGGCGCUGGUGGCACUGACAGAGCAGCUAUUCUACUCGUCGACCCAUUUGUACUUCCCUGAAGACGAUUGUCCAUUUUAUCGCGCCACAAUCUUCUCCAACUACUCGCCAUACAAUCAGCCGUCUGCUGAUAUCGAGCUACCAACAAUGUUCCUAGCUAACGGCAGCAAACCAAGCUCUACCGACGCAAAGCCGGGGCCCUACUGGUCCAUCAUGCUCGAGGUCUCAGAGUCUUCGAUGAAGCCUGUUGACCACGAUACACUCCUGGAGAAAUCCAUUCAGGGCCUUCUCAACACUGAUGUGAUUCAGCCAGAGGAUGAGAUUGUAUCUACGUACCAUAGGAGAUUCGGCCAUGGAUACCCUACGCCGACCAUCGAAAGAGACGGCGUCCUCGACCAGUUACUUCCAAAGCUUCGGUCUAUGGACAUCUACUCUCGAGGCAGAUUUGGGAGUUGGAAAUAUGAGGUCGGAAACCAAGAUCACUCUUUCAUGCUCGGGGUGGAAGCGGUUGAUAACAUCGUCAGCGGUGGCAUCGAACUGACGCUUAACUACCCUAACGUCGUGAAUAAUCGCCGGAAUGGUGAGCGCCGUUUAAAUCAGGACAAUGAUAUAACACCGAGGCUUGGGGCCGGCAAUCGACUUAAUUAA